AUGGUGCCCCCUUCUGUUGCCACGGUGGAGCAACCUGCACCACCAACAACUCUCACCGGCGGACAGAACGUGGCUCAGAGCAGCAGUGGAAGCGUAGCACCGGCACCUACACAAAUGAUGAUCCCGAUGAAUAUGCCAGAAAGUGAGUCACAGCUGUCAGCUGAGGAGAAGCACGAAGAAGGGCAUGGAGUGCUACAGUGGUUCCAGCAAACCGUACAGCAAUCUCCUUUCCUCUCCAAAGUGGCCAGCAAAGCAAAGUUAGGAAUGGAUUCGGUACUGACAACGCUGGAUCCUGGAAUGAAAGACUUCCUGGAAGGCACAGAUCACCUUCAUGCUCUGAUUUUAUGCGGUAACAGCCGCCAAAUUGCUGACGCAAUUAGGCAUGGCUUGUGUUUUGCAUUCAGCGAAGUAACGUUCGAUGAAACACCCGCAGAAGCACAUUUUAAUCCUCAUAUUCAGAUUAUUGGACACGAUUCGGCCUGGAAAAACACUGGCAUUUUUCAGAAUGCGAAAAAUCGUUUGCUGAAUUUAAAAGAUGGAAGUGCUGUGAACCAUGACGCGGCGUUAGUUGUUGUUCAGCCGUUUCUCUAUCGAAUCAGUGAAUGUUGGUUUGAUACUGCUCUUUUAUUAGCACAGGUGGGAAGCAUUGAAGUUGCCGUUUUUACACAGUCAACACAGGUUGAUGGCGAUGUGAUCGCCGUACUUCAGAAACAUACACCAAAGGAUUAUCCAAGUGAAGAAUUCACCACAACAGUUGGAUAUGCAUAUGCUGAAUUGUACGGUGUUGAUCCGGACGACUGGCAGCGAGGCCUUCUUUCGUUUUCUUCUUCCGAACUUUACCGCGCAGCAGCUGUUGCACUAGCUACCAAUCUCAAACGGAUAUUGUUAAGGAAAACUUCCAAACAGCAUUAA